AUGUUACGGUGCGCUACACAACUCACUCGUCGCCAACUUCUUCACCACUUCACAACUCUACGCGCCACAACUACACAAACCUACUCCUCUAACUACAUCAAUCUUCUUGAAGCCUGCAUUCGAUCCAAAUCUCUCGCUCAAGCCAAGACAAUCCACCAACACCUCAUAAAAACCAAAACCCACAUCGAGUCGAGGUCUCUUCUUCUUGAUAAACUGGCCCGUCUCUACUUAACCUGUAAUCAACUCGACGUCGCACGCCGACUGUUCGAUGAAAUUCCCCAACCAAAUGCUAUACUAUGCAACCUCUUUAUACGAGCCUACGCGUGGAAUGGACCCUUUGAACGAGCCAUUGAGUUGUACUACGCCAUGCUCGAAUCGGGUGUUGAACCGACCAAGUACACGUACCCUUUUGUUCUCAAGGCAUGCUCUGCUUUGCAAGCACUUCAAGUUGGUGGGGAUAUUCAUCGACACGCGAAACGACUCGGGCUCGACUCUGACGUAUAUGUUUGCACUGCUCUGAUUGAUUUGUAUGCGAAAUGUGGUGAGGUGGUGGCUGCAGAGAGUGUGUUUGAUGGGAUGUUGUGUAAAGAUGUUGUGGCGUGGAAUGCUAUGAUUGCCGGGUUUUCGCUUCAUGGUCUUUAUGAUGACACUGUAAGGUUGGUUGUUAGGAUGCAGGGAGCGGGAACAGCCCUGAAUGCUUCUACUAUUGUUACAGUUCUUCCUACUGUUGCGCAGGCUAAUGCGUUGAGCCAAGGGAAGGCGAUACAUGGUUACUCUAUGAGGAGGAGGUUUAGUGAUGAUGUGGUACUUAGUACUGCGCUUUUGGACAUGUAUGCGAAAUGUCAGUGCAUAGUUUACGCGAGGAGAAUAUUUGAUGCAAUGAGUGUUAGGAAUGAGGUUUGUUGGAGUGCAAUGAUAGGUGCAUAUGUUGGGUGUGACUCCAUGAGGGAGGCAAUGUCAUUGUUUGAUGAAAUGGUGGUGAAAGAUAUGAGGAAAGUGACACGAGUUACUCUAGGAAGCAUACUCCGAGCUUGCACAAAGCUGAUUGAUCUGAGUGGAGGGAGACGAGUACAUUGUUAUGCAAUUAAAUCCGGUUUUGAAUUAAGUACAAUGGUGGGCAACACCAUCCUUUCUAUGUAUGCAAAGUGUGGGAUUAUAGAUGAUGCAUUCAGGUUAUUUGAUAUAAUGGAGCCAAAAGAUACGGUUUCUUAUGGUGCUAUCAUUUCAGGCUGUGUGCAGAAUGGUUAUGCAAAGGAAGCUUUGCUUAUAUUCCACCAGAUGCAGUUGUCUGGGAUUGAUCCAGAUUUGGCAACCAUGGCAGGUGUUUUGCCUGCCUGUUCACAUUUGGCUGCUCUGCAACAUGGGGCCUGUGGCCAUGGUUACUCAAUUGUUCGCGGCUUUGUUAAUGACACCUCAAUAUGUAAUGCCUUAAUAGACAUGUACUCGAAAUGUGGGAAGAUCCAUAUAGGCAGGCAAGUAUUCGACAGAAUGCUUAAGCGGGACACUAUCUCAUGGAAUGCAAUGAUAGUUGGUUAUGGGAUUCAUGGCCUUGGGAUAAAAGCAAUUUCACAGUUCCACAGUAUGCAGGCAGCUGGAAUGAAGCCGGAUGAUGUAACUUUCAUUGGCCUCUUAUCUGCUUGCAGCCAUUCGGGGCUUGUCACUGAAGGAAAACACUGGUUUAGUUCUAUGACUCGAGAUUUCAGCAUAAUCCCAAGGAUGGAACACUACAUAUGCAUGGUUGAUCUUCUUGCCCGAACUGGACUGUUGGCCGAGGCACACAAUUUCAUUCAAGACAUGCCAUUUGAGGCUGAUGUUCGAGUAUGGAGUGCACUGCUUGCUGCAUGUAGGGUUCACAAUGAUAUUGAACUUGGGGAAGAAGUGUCCAGGAAAGUUCAAGGGCUAGGAUCUGAAGGUACUGGAAAUUUGGUCCUCUUAUCUAAUAUGUACAGUUCUGUUGGGAGAUGGGAUGACGCAGCGCAUGUGAGAAUUAAACAGAAGGAUCAAGGCCUUAAGAAGAGUCCAGGAUGUAGUUGGGUUGAAAUUAAUGGGGUGAUUCAUGGAUUUCUCGGUGGAGAUCAGUCACAUCCAGAAUCGGCUCAGAUACAUGAAAAAUUAGAGGAACUACUAGUAGACAUGAAAGAGAUGGGAUAUUGUGCAGAAAAUAGUUUUGUUCUCCAAGAUGUUGAGGAAGAGGAGAAAGAAAGGAUCCUCCUUUACCAUAGUGAGAAACUAGCCAUUGCUUAUGGAAUUCUUCAUCUGAGCCAGGGGAAACCCAUUUUUGUUACUAAAAAUCUGCGGGUCUGUGGUGAUUGCCAUGCUGCUAUAAAGUUCAUCUCUCUUGUUACAAAGAGAGAGAUAAGCAUAAGAGAUGUGAGUCGGUUUCAUCAUUUCAGGGAUGGAAAUUGUAGUUGUGCAGACUUUUGGUGA